GAAACCACCGUCAACGUCAUUCCGCUGUGUUUACGCGUGACGUUGCAGCGAGCGGGAAAGUUCAGCUUUCAGUGGUUUGGUAACGUUGUCGAGAGAAGAAACAAUGGCUAUGACAAGUGAAAGAGGACGGGUAGAGGCAGAGGUCGAAGAGGAGGAGAGUUUUGGACCCCAGCCUCUGUCCAGGCUUGAGCAAGCUGGAAUCAGUGCCAGUGACGUGAAGAAGCUGGAGGAUGCUGGCUUCCACACCAUCGAGGCGGUGGCCUAUGCUCCCAAGAAGGAGCUGCUGAACAUCAAAGGCAUCAGCGAAGCAAAAGCAGAGAAGAUUCUGGGUGAGGCAGCCAAGCUGGUGCCCAUGGGAUUCACUACGGCAACAGAGUUUCAUCAGCGACGCGCGGAGAUCAUCCAGGUGUCCACUGGCUCCAAGGAGCUGGACAAGCUGCUUCAAGGUGGCAUAGAGACGGGCUCAAUCACUGAGAUGUUUGGGGAGUUCAGAACAGGAAAGACGCAGUUGUGUCACACCCUCGCUGUGACCUGUCAGUUGCCCAUUGACCAGGGAGGUGGAGAGGGUAAGGCCAUGUACAUUGACACAGAGGGGACCUUCAGGCCAGAGAGACUGCUGGCUGUGGCCGAGAGGUACGGCUUGGUGGGCGGUGAUGUCCUGGACAACGUGGCGUACGCCAGAGCCUUCAACACCGACCACCAGACCCAGCUGCUGUACCAGGCCUCUGCCAUGAUGGCCGAGUCCAGGUAUGCCCUGCUGAUUGUGGACAGUGCCACGGCUCUGUACAGGACGGACUACUCGGGUAGAGGGGAGCUGUCUGCUCGCCAGGGACACUUGGCGCGGUUCCUACGCAUGCUGCUACGACUAGCUGAUGAGUUCGGCGUGGCGGUGGUCAUCACCAACCAGGUGGUGGCCCAGGUGGAUGGAGCGGCCAUGUUCUCUGCAGACCCCAAGAAGCCCAUCGGAGGCAACAUCAUCGCACACGCAUCUACUACACGGUUGUACUUGAGGAAAGGAAGGGGAGAGACGAGGAUAUGUAAGAUCUACGACUCGCCGUGUCUACCAGAGGCGGAGGCCAUGUUUGCCAUCAACGCUGAUGGUGUUGGGGAUGCCAAGGACUGAAGAGUAGGAGAGCACUGACUGUUUUUUUUCUGAGCGCUGGGGGAGCUUGCCCACGGACGUUGGGAUCAGCACAGCUGUGGCCUUUUAGAAAGCCUUGUCCAAAGCCUCAGCUUUUGAAGGCUUGUUGAGGACUUUGUCUGCCGCACUGAAGCCUGCACACAAUCGUGAUGCUGAUAACUCUCUACAACUCUGAACUAAACUAAAGCCGAGACGUGUAUAUUUUUGUGAAGUGAUAUUCAACCAGUUGUAACCGGAGAGCAAUUGGAACACGACUUUUUCAAGUGUGUUCAUGAAAAGAUGCACACUUAGUUAAUCUAUUCAUUUGUGCCCAUGGUGGGGAACAGCCGUUUCUCACACUGGAAGAUUGUGUACAGUAGGUGAAAAAAGAUCUACUUUCUUUUCUUUUGAGAGAUUUGUUUUGUUUUGUCCUGCUGUCUGUGUGGAUUUCUAUGUUAACCUUUUUUAUGUUGUGUAAUGUGUGUAUUAAAUCAUUUUAUGAUCAGGA